AUGGUGGGAAAACAACAUGGGAGAGAUGCAUUUGUUUCACAAGAAAAACAAUCUAUUAGUGAAGCCUUCAAGAAGCAAACCAAGAUUAAGGAGAGUAAUUAUAAACUUCGUUUAGGUGCUUCAAUUUGGUGUUGUAAAUUUUUAUUGAAAAAUGGUUUACCAUUUCGGGGUCAUGAUGAGUCGAGUGACUCUCUUAAUAGAGGGAUUUUCUUGGAGUUAUUAUCUUUCUUGAGAGACCAUAAUGAAGGCAUUCGCAAUGUUACCUUAGAAAAUGCUCCUCAAAAUAAUCAAGUGACGUGCCCGAGGACUCAAAAGAAAAUUUUUGAACGCUUUUCAACAGAGAUAGUUUUAGAUAUUUGCAAAGAAAUUGGUAAAGAUGUGUUUUCUUUAUUGGUUGAUGAAUUUAGUGAUGUAUCAAAAAAAGAACAAAUGGACAUAGUUUUGAGGUAUGUUGAAAACCGUGGAGUGGUGAAGGAAAGAUUCAUUGGAGUGGUGCACGUGAAGGAUACAUCCUCUAUGACUCUUAAAGCAGCCAUAGAUUACGCUUUUACCCAUAAAAAUUUGAGUAUGUCUCAGGUAAUAGGACAAGGUUACGAUGGGGAAAGCAAUAUGCAAGGUGCAUUUGGUCUAAAAGCUUUGAUUUUACAAUAUAAUCAUUCAACGCAUUAUGUGCAUUGCUUUGCACACCAACUUCAGUUAGUUAUUGUGGGUGUAGCAAAGAAGCAUGAUGGUGUUGCCAAUUUCUUUGAGAAACUUUCUUUGGUGCUUAAUGUGGUAGGUGGUUCAUGUAAAAGAAAAGACAUGCUACUGGAAAAUCAAGGAGAAAGGGUCCAAAUGUCAAUUGGAAAUGGUGAACUUGAAACUGGAAGAGGGUUAAAUCAAGAGAGCUCGCUUAUUCGAGCGGGAGAUAUAAUAUGGGGUUCACAUUUCAAAACCAUCACAAGUUUGAUGAACUUAUUUGCAGAGGUUCGUCAUGUUCUUACUUAUGUCAAAGAGAAAGGAUCCUCUUUAAGUAACCAAAAUCAAGCAUUUGGUAUCUUAAAAUAUUUCAAGACAUUAGAUUUCAUGUUUUACUUACAUUUGAUGUAUGAAAUUUUACACCUCAUGAACGUAUUCUCAAAGAAUCUUCAAAAAAAGGAUCAAGAUAUUUUAGAAGCGGCUUCUUUGGUUAGAGGGACAAUGGACGCAUUGAAGUCUUUAAGAGACACGGGGUUUGCUAAACUUUUAUCGAAGUUAUACACAAAAGAUUUUGGUGAUACGGAGAAGAUGCAACUUGAUGGUGAACUUAAAAUAUAUUAUCACGCUUUGCAUAAAGAUGACCGGUUCACUAGUUUGCAAGGAAUUUCAGACCUUUCUCGUUUGAUGGUGGAAACGGGGAAACAUCGGUCUUAUCAUAUGGUUUAUAGAUUGUUGAAGUUGGUUUUGGUUUUACCCGUUGCAACCACAACGGUCGGAAGAUGUUUUUCAACGAUGAAGUUUUUGAAGAAGGAUUUGCGUAACAAAAUAGGUGAUGGUUUUUUGAACGAUGUCAUGAUUUCUUAUGUUGAAAAAGAGGCACUUAUGAAAGUAAAUAUCGAAGAUGUAAUGGAUCGGUUUCAAAAAAUGUGUACUCAUAGAUGUCAAAUUUAG